AUGGACGACCAAGCCAGAGCAGGCUACGAGAAUCAAUCUUUGCAGUUACGGGCCGAACUCAAGAAAUGGGAGAAUGAAUGGGCGAGUGCACACGGAGGGAACAAGCCCGGUCGCAAUGACAUCAAGCAGAAUCCAGACAUUGCUCAGAAAUACAAGCAAUACAACAAGCUCCGGGACAUUCUCGCAGGCAAGUUCCCACCUCCAGGAGACGACAGGAACCAGCAACCCCGCAAGCGCAGGCAAUCCGAUGCGAACCUCCCUCCGCAGACGCCUUCCAAGCGGUCUAAGCCUGCACAGACGCCGCGCAAAGCAGCGUAUCAGCACCCAGACGAGAGCCGCACACCAGCCGCCACCCCAUCCCUAAACCGGACUGUACUCACCCCGGCUAAACCACCCACAUCGAUCAGCCCAACCCCGCACAAAGACGGCCGGGUUCUCGGCCUGUUUGACCUGCUCGCCGGCACUCCCCCGUCCAAGUCCCUUACAGCAGCAACACCAAGCGGACUGUUCUACACCGCAUCUGCAACCGCAACCCCACGCCACAAUCGGCCCCUGCAGGACGGCGGCAACGCCGUUGCCAUCACCACCACCACCCCCAAAUCGUGCUCGACUCCGUCGCAAAUCGCAAAGCAGCAGCUCAUCUUCUCCACCCCGGCCUUCCUGCGCCGGCGACACGAUGGUGAAGAAGAUGAAGAGGAGGCAUGGAAAACCAUCGGCCCCUUACGCCUGCCGCGGAGGCUCGGCCCUGCCAAGGGGAAGGGGCUGAGCAGCAUUGUUGCUGGGCUGAGGCGGUUGGAGGAGGAGGCGCAUGCCGAGGAGGAGGAGGUGAUGCGGGAAAUGGAGUUAGGGGGUGACCUAGUCAGUGGGGGCGGUAAUGGUAAUGGCGGUAACGCCGGUAACGGCCCGCAAGGAAGGGAGGAGGAAGAGAAGGAGGCAAAGAGCCGCCAGCCACCUGUGCUACUGUCGGCGUUUGAUGACGAGGGGGUCUACGACAGCGGCCCCGAAGACGUGGAUCGCCAGCAACAACCUACGCGUGUGUUCAAGAAGCGCGGCCAGAAACGGACCACAAGGCGGGCCAAUCUGCGGCCGACAAGAGUCAAACGGCCGACCUCUCAAACCGGUGCUGAUGAUGAUGAUGACGAGGACGAGGACGAUGCUGUCAUCCCCGAGACGCAGCUUGUCAACACAGCUGCGAGCGCAACAGCAGUGGACGGAGACGACGAGCUCCGUCUCUCAGAACCCGACACUGGUGAUGGCUCCGAUUCCGACGAGGAAUUCGUCCAGAGCGCCAGCAACAAAGACAAGGACAAGGACAAGCCCGAGGCGGCCGACGGCGUGGUCAAAAGGGCGGUGCGCAAGGUCAAAGCGACGGCUCACGCAAACUUCAAGAGGCUCAAGCUGCGGAACUCAGGGGCCAAAGGUGGCCAGGCGCACAAUUCUCGCUGGCGGAGGCGGCGCUGA